UUGGAAUUUCUUUCGAAUACAUGCCCCACCGAGUUGAGAGUGGAUCCAUCCAACAGGUGUGCCGUGAUGAAUUUCUUUGGCGAUAAAUUGACAAUUCUUCCGUUUCGUCAGGAAGAAACCUUGCAGCUGGAUGAGGAAGAAAUCGCGAGUUCCAAGGGAAUCGGAGUGUCCGUUAACGGCUAUGCACUGUCUACAACGGAUUUUCCGCUUGAUCGCUCAUUCGAGCACCUAGGACUUUCCUUAGAAGGGUCGCAUCACGUUUUUCUGGAUUCCGAUGAAAUUUUGCUCGCUUUGCGAAAUGGCGAUUUGUACCUCAUGAAAUUGGUAAAGGAUGGACGAUCGGUGUCAAGAAUCGAAUUGAAGAAAGUUGGAACAAACACAUUGCCUUCGUGUUCUUGCUAUGUAGCAAAUGGGUAUUUCUUUUUGGGUUCACGUUUAGGAGAUUCGCAUUUGAUCCAGUACAAGAAGUCUAAACCCGAACAAAAGAUAAAUGAUAUGGUCAAUGGUUUUAAUUCUACGGCGAGAAGAAACACUCUUGACUUUGAUGCAGAAUUGUACGAAACUGACAUAGUAAAUAAUAUGAGUUCUUAUUCUCUGAGUGACGGUGGAAAAUCGGACGCGAAAAAUUCGACGGCCGAUUAUCACUUUGUUAUAUGCGACACCCUCACCAACGUCGGGCCAAUUGUGGACAUGGCCUUUGGGGAAUUGACAUUCUCGGAGGAGGAGGCGCAUUUGCAUAGCGUCCAUAAAAAUCUUGAAUUGGUUUCGUGUUCCGGACAUGGCUCAGUUUCUUCGCUAUGCAUAUUUCAUCGCAACAUAAAUCCUACAGUCUUCAGUUCUUUCCCAAUGAGCGAUUGUGUAAAUAUGUGGACGAUUUCUUGCCGAAAUCCUAUGUACCAAAACAUCGAUGUCGCGGGACUAGUGGACGACAAUGUUACUGGAAGUGUGGAGGAAUUUGAUAAAUUUUUAUUUAUUUCAAAGAGACAGAGCACAAUGGUUCUUGUUUGCGGAGAAGAAUUGCAGGAGCUCGAACAUUCUGAUUUUUACACGGAGGGUUCGACCGUGGCCGUUGGAACGUUUUUAGGUGGAACGCAUAUACUCCAAGUUUAUGCGAAUGGGGUUCGACUUUUUGAUCAAGACGGAAAACUUACGCAGUUGAUAGAAAAUGAUGGUGUAAUUGUAUUUGCAAGUAUCGUGGAUCCAUACGUGCUGUUAUUAUUUGACGAUGGAAAUAUUAAUUUGAUGAAGGCCGAUGAAAGUUCAAGAAGCUUCGAUUUUCGUCCACCGCCUACGCAAAUUAACGAGAUUCCAACCGUAUCAUGUUGUAUAUACCGGGAUGACACGGGUCUUUUCUCGCUUGUAAAAGAUCAUGUGAAUGAAGAUGUAAAAGAUUACGCUAAGAGUGAUAGAAAAGUAGAACUAGAUGACGGUGAGGAUUCGGAUGACCUUUACGGUGAUGCUGUUGGAUCAUCCAAGAGUGUUGCAGGUGAAAAUACUAUGGACGUAGAUGACAAAGGCAUUUACGAUAAUCCGUCAGACGACAUUGAAAUGGAUGGUUCAUUGGAGAUCUAUAAACUUCCAGAAUUCGAGGAGGUCUUUAAUUUUCCUCAUUUCGAUUUAUCCCCAACCGUCCUGGCGGACUUUAACACACGACAAAACGUGAAAUCUUCUGGACAAACGCAAGUUUCAAUGCAUGUAUGUCUAUUAAUUUCCGAUGGAUGCCAAACCCAAAUUUUUAAGGCGCGUAGUGAUGUAGGUGACAUUAUAAUAUAUAAAGCCUUUCGAUACGUCCCUGGCAUCGACCCUACGGAUCCUUUUCAAAAGUCUCAAACUCAAGGCGAAUUAGUCGACCGACUUGCAGUGCGAUUUUCGCGUGUUUCUCAUGAUUACAUUUCGCGCGAGACCAUAUACAGUGACAUUCAUGACAAACCAGUGUCAAGAAAGUCAGCCCAAACGGACGUAAACGAUGAAGAAAUAAAUCAAUUCGAAGACGACCUUGAAAGGCUCAAAGUCUCUCUUAAACACACGAAAAGACGACUAAUACCUUUUACCAACAUUUCCGGUUAUACCGGAAUAUUUGUUACCGGCGUAAGACCUCUUUGGUUGAUAUGCGCGCACAACAAUUACCUAAGGGUUCAUCCGAUGAGUGCGGACAAUGAAAUUAAAAGUUUCACACAAUUUCAUAAUGUACACUGUUUACAUGGGUUUUUGUAUGCCAAUAAUGAGGAUGUUUGCAGAUUAUCAGAAUUGCCGAAGGAAUUUACAUAUGAUAUGGAGUGGCCGGUGAGGAAAAUAUUGCUACAUAGAUCCGUUCACGGAAUCGAAUAUCAUCCGGAGAUGCAGGUGUACGCGUUACUCUCAUCUUCUCCAGUUGAAUUUUUAUUACGAGAUGAAAACGGUGAUUCCAUUGAAAUAGAGCGAGAUGGCGCUCAAUUUUUACCGGAAACACUAAGAUUUACGCUCGAGUUGAUAUCUCCGGUGACAUGGGAAACUGUAGACAGGCAUGAACUUCAAGACGAUGAACAAGGAUUAUGCAUAAAAUGUGUUAGUCUUCAAACAAAAUCAACGUCGAGUGGUCGAAAAUCUUUUAUUGCAAUUGGCACCGGAUUCUUCCGAGGAGAGGAUGUGGGGAUGAGAGGAAAUGUGUAUGUAUUCGAAAUCAUCGAAGUUGUACCCGAGCCCGAUAAUCCUCAAACCAAUCAUAAAUACAAGUUACUAUGUCACGAAGAGGUUAAGGGUUCUGUGACGGCCAUAUGUGACGUCAACGGAUACUUGUUGACGUGUGUUGGACCAAAGGAAGAACCUGCAAAAUUGGUUCUGGUGGGCAAAGACUAUCAUGCUUUGGAAGUCUCGUGCACAAAUUUCAUAAUCGACGAGCCUGUCCUAUACUUCGUUGUAGCUGACAUGGAUAAAAACCUUCAUUUGUUCCAAUACGCUCCUUACAAUGUACAGUCAUUUGCUGGCCAGAAACUUAUUCGUCGGGGUGAUUUUCAUGUUGGAUCACAAGUCAAAACUAUCUUAUCGUUGCCCAAAAAGGAGUUGAUAAGAAGAGAUGUGUCCUUCGAACAAGGCGUCCAGUCAAAAUGGACGGAAGAAGAGAAUAACGGAUAUGAACAAUUAAGUCUAUGCGGUAACACUUUUACCAUCGUCCGCAUGUCCAAAUUCACAAAC